AUGCGCAAGUUUGCCUUGGUCCUUGCGGCCUUUGGCGUCUGCAACAGCUUGGCUAUUUCCUCAUACAUCGAUUCGUUAUCAAACAAUGCCAAAGAACUUUUCACCGAAAGUAUGGACUGGAUGGAUACAUAUUACGAUGGCAGAGCCGGUUACUUGUACGACUUUAGUGCAGCAGCAGCUCUUCGACAUGAGACACGAAGUUCGGCGUGGUAUGCCUUUGGACUAUUGGCUCGGAACAAAGGACACGAUGUUUCUGAAGCCGAGAAGAUUAUUCGAGGCAUUAUAAGUGGGCAGCAUAAAAACCCUUCCGAUGAAUGGUAUGGCACAUAUCAAGUCACGCCUGAGGAGCCUUUGGUGGGAUCAGCCACCUACCCUGCCAAUAUAUACAACACAUGGGAUCCCAAUUGGAGGGGGUUCAUUGGAACCACUUUCAUCAUGGCUCUGGAGGAGUUUCCAAAGCUCAUCAGCAAGUCGACACAGGAAUUAAUGCUUGAAUCGCUUCACAAUGCUACAAAGGGCGAUGAAUAUCGUUUCGGUAACCUCGACCCCAAGAAGGAUAACCUGUACCCAUCCUAUAGCAAUCCAGCCAUCAUGAGAGCUUUCAUGUCGGGCUGGACUGGUCGACGUCUAAAAGAGUCCAACAUGACGAGGAGUGGCGAGAGGUAUGCUCAAGACAUUAUUGACCUUUUUAACCGUGCCAAAACUCUAUCCGAGUUUAACUCGGGCACAUACACUGGUGUCUCUUUGUACGGUCUCACAUUAUGGAGCAAGUAUUUACCCAAUGAUUCAAUUAUGACAAAGAAUGGACCCGACAUGAUUAAGCACACCUGGGAGGCAGUUGGGAAUCUCUGGCAUCCUGGAAUGAAGAACAUGGCUGGACCGUGGGACCGCUCAUAUGGAUACGAUAUGAAACGCUAUCUCAGUCUGAUGGCUCUCUGGUUCUGGGCUCUCAUUGGAAAAGAAAAUUCCUCUCUCAUCCAAAAGCCACAAGUUAUGUCACACAUGGCCGACUAUGCAUGGGCACCUCUAUUUGCCGCAUUAGCCAAAAGUCAUCAAAAACUGAUCCCGAAACAAGUUCUUGCGGAUCUUACGACUUUCAAGGGAGAGCACAACUUCACAGCCAGUACCUUCUACCCUCCUUUCGACACUGUUCCUCGAAAUAUUUCCACUUGGCUAUCGAAGGAUCUCACAAUUGGUGCACAGUCCUACAAACAGAUCUCUCUUGGUGGGCCUGCUCAAAGUCAAGAAGCCUACAACCCUGCUGUCAUUCAAUGGAACACAGGGAAAGAGGUCUCGUUUAUUUCCCUGUACCCGAGUGAGACAGCCCUAGAUGUCGAAGUCAACCCAGAGUAUUAG